CACAAUUCUGGGGACUGUUUUGUGUGCACCAGGGCUACAGAAAAUGAAUUCCUUUAUGCAGCCCUGCUCCGUGAGUGCUGCCAGAUCAAAAGACGAGUGUGGCCAGAUCGAGUCGACAGCAGUGCAUUUUCAACAAAAUAAGUUGUGGCGUUGCGUUACAGAAAAGAGUCAGCAACAACAAAUACAACAGCGAGAACGGCAAUUUGUGUCCAGCAGUAACGGGAGUUGUUCUUGUCACACGAAGAAAAAGUGCACCCUUCAGGAAUCUCGAUAAUCCAGCAUGGCCGACCCCGAAAGGCAGAGCUUGAUCAACAAGGAUGAAUCGAUCAUGUACACCUCGUCCGCUGCCGUCGACGAGGGUGCCGAGAAUCCUGGGAGCAGCACAGCCGCAGUCCCCAAUGAGGAUGGCAAUGGAGCACCGACUGCAGUGCCUUGUAUUGGACCCGAUGAGCUGCCACCGCCCUAUCAGCAGAGUAGCAACACUGGAGGGGUGCCAAUGGUCACCUGUCGCGUGUGUCAGCACAUGAUUGACAUUACCACGAAGAGGGAGCAGCAUGUGGUCAAGUGCACCCAUUGCAAUGAGGCGACUCCCAUUAGGAACGCUCCGCCGGGCAAGAAGUACGUACGCUGCCCGUGCAAUUGUCUGUUAAUCUGCAAGAGCUCUUCGCAGCGCAUCGCUUGUCCCCGACCCAAUUGCAAGCGAAUCAUUAACUUGGCCCCAAGUCCCGUCACCCCACCCGUGCCAACCAUGCCGGGCAUGUGUCGCGUCAUCUGUGGUCACUGUUCGGACACGUUUUUGUUUAACACCUAUCACAAUGCCCUGGCUCGCUGUCCGCAUUGCAGAAAGGUCUCCUCGGUGGGUUCGCGCUUCGCCAACAGCCGCGGCGUUAUGUUUGCCAUUGUGGCGUUGCUGUUCCUUGUGGCGGGCAUUGCCGUGACCAUAGGCACAAUCUCGUAUGCAUCGGCUCACGGCGGCAUGUAUAUUCUCUAUGUGGCAUUGUUUGUAAUCGCGGUGAGCAUGUUGGCCCGAUCCGCGUACUAUUUCCGCCUUAAAGUGAGCGCCAUUGAUGGGCCCAUGUAAGAGUCGCGUUGCGGUGCAAGAACAGAAGUGCAUUGUUUUAUUUUGAUAUAUGUAUAUACAUAUAUAUAUAUUAUGCAUAUAUAUCAUUCCUUUUGAUAUUAAAUGUAACCCGCAAUCUAAACAAACAGCCAAUAGCAGACGAAACAAUGAACAUUUCCCCAGGAACAGCAUCAGCAGAAGCAGCAGUCCACAAUCCCAGCCUCAAAAGGAUUCUAAAUGUUGAACAAAUUUAAUGAAAAGCUAGCUAAAUUAUUCGAGACGAAGCCAGCCCCCAUAUAAAGUGAUUUCUAAAACCAUAUUUUUAGGACAUUAAGACCCGUAACUAACUACACACUAAUGAAUAUACUAAAAGCGAAAUAUUUCCAAAGUAAAAGUCAAGUGCUAAAGGGAAACCCAGAACAGAACUGUAGGCAGUCAUUAGCUAGUAGAUCAUUGGAACAAAAACAAUCUUUUAAACUCGUAAAGCUCACUUUUUAUAGUUCUCGCUACUAAAGCUGUUCUCGCUACUCAGUUUUUAAAGAUUUCGCUACUUCUCAAGCGUUUUUUUUUUGUGUACAGAUGUGUUUUUUCAGUGUACAUUUUUUUUCCUUUUCUGUUUUGUGCCUGUCCCCAGCAAUUAUUUGUUUCGGUAUUUAUUAUCUAGAAAUCAUAAAACAAACGAAGCGCUUUGAUCUAUUUGUUGCCUCUUCUGCUAAGAAUUUAUCCAAAGCACUUUUUCUCGGUUUACGAUAAAUCAGAAGCAAAGAGUACUCUUUUUUUUGUUUUUAGGCCUAAAGAUACUGCUAAUGAAGGUACAUGCAAACACCUACACCACACACCCCCACAUUUAUAUACAUACAUAAAUAUAAUUAUAAUAAACGAAACAUAAAUCUUCUUGGAAAAAAAAAA